GCCAGCGCUCCUGGGGGCCGCGGAGAAGCACCAGUAUGGCUGGAUGCGGAAGGCCUUGCAGAAGCAGAAGGAGAGCAUCGCCUACCGCACCGCGGUGCUGGAGCUCCUCCGCCGAGGGAUCCUCACGGACACAGAGCUGGCAGCGGAGAUCCGCGAUGACAACCUGGAGUGCUCCUGGAGAGCGGGGCGCUUCGACAUGUGCGACUGGCUGAAGAUCGACCCCGUGGCGCAGGAGGAGAAGCCGUCCCAGGCUCAGGGCAGGGGCAGGAAGGCAGGCGCGGAGGAAGAGCUCUGGCCGUGCCACAGGGAUGAGCGGGCCCUGGAUGACGAGGACGAUUUGGACCCUUCCGAGUGGCGGCGAAGCACAGUGGAGGAGAAGUUUGCUUACAUCCUCCCCGCCGAGGGCAGCUCCUCACACCAAGGGAUGCGCCAAUGCUUGGAGGAGGGUGACAUCAUGACCAACGAGGACGUCGCGAACGUGAGACGUCUGGGAGCUGCGGCUGUAGACACCUCACUGGUGUCUCUACAGGAGGGGAUGCUGGCCUACGAGCGUGAGCUGAAGGAGACGCUGGUGGAGAAGCUGAAGGAGUACGAGAAGAAGGCAGCCCAGCGAGCGGAGCUGACCUUCCAGGAGGACCUGUGGGUGCUGAAACGAAGCCGGGUCAUUGGCAUGAUGCCAACAGGCGAGAACGCUCUCAGCUGCUCCCCACCCUGCCCAACCGGAGACAGCCUCAGCCACGGACAGAUGUUUGCAGCCACGGAGCGUAAGUCUUACGAGAGGCAGGAACAGAACUACAACGUUAAGUAA